CAUGGCUUCUUGGAACAACUACGGGAGACGGACGAGGGACCUCGAAAUGUUCAUAUUCUUGUUGCUGGUUGGCGUAGCGUCCACACUGCAGGCAGUGAAAGUGUCUCCACUCAUAGAGAAAGUCAGUGACCACAAAGAUUUCAAAAAACUGCUCAGGACCCGAACCAACGUCCUUGUCCUCUACACAGAGUCAGCCACCUCCGGGAACGCUCAGCUGAAGCUGCUGUCUGACGUCGCUCAGGCUGUUAAAGGACAAGGGACCAUCGCAUGGGUAAAUUGUGGAGAUUCAGAGGGUCGCAAACUCUGCAAAAAAGUGAAGGUAGACCCCAAUGCAAAAAGGAAUGGAGUUGAGAUCCUGCAUUACAAGGAUGGAACCUUCCAUACAGAAUACAACAGACCAUCCACAUUUAAGUCAAUGGUGGCAUUUCUGAAAGACCCCACUGGUGCCCCCCUGUGGGAGGAGAAUCCUGAAGCCAAGGACGUGGUGCACAUUGAGACAGAGAAAGACUUCAGGAAGCUGUUGAAGAGGGAAGAGAGGCCCAUCCUCAUGAUGUUCUAUGCUCCCUGGUGUGGUGUGUGUAAGAGGAUGCAACCCAUCUUUCAACAAGCAGCAACAGAAACCAAGGGGAAAUAUGUGCUGGCAGGGAUGAACGUACACCCAGCUGAGUUUGACGGUCUCAAGCAGGAGUACAGCGUCAAGGGCUACCCGACCUUCUGCUACUUUGAGAAGGGGAAGUUCCUGCAUCAUUAUGAGAAUUAUGGAGCCACAGCCAAGGACAUUGCAGACUGGCUGAAGAACCCCCAGCCUCCACAGCCGAAGACACCUGAGGUGCCGUGGUCAGAAACAGACUCUGCGGUCUUCCAUUUGACAGACGAGACCUUUGACAGUUUCCUGGAGGAGCAUCCCUCAGCUCUGGUUAUGUUUUAUGCCCCUUGGUGUGGCCACUGCAAGAAGAUGAAGCCAGAGUAUGACGAGGCGGCACAGAUUCUCAACAAAAACCAAGAUAGCCCGGGAGUGUUAGCCGCUGUGGACGCGACCAUUCACAAAACUGUGGGAGAGCGCUUCAAGAUCUCCGGCUUCCCCACGGUGAAGUACUUUGAAAACGGCGAGGACAAGUACACCCUUCCUCAGCUCAGGACCAAGGACAAAAUCAUCGAGUGGCUGCAAAAUCCUCAGGCUCCGCCCCCUCCAGAGCCCUCAUGGGAGGACAAGCCAUCCAGCGUGAGUCACCUGGGAGCAGAGGACUUCCGCGAAGCCCUGAAGAAAAAGAAGCAUGCUCUGGUUAUGUUCUACGCACCCUGGUGCCCUCACUGCAAGAGCUCCAUCCCCCACUUCACCACAGCCGCAGAGCUUUUCAAAGAGGACCGCAAGAUUGCAUAUGCUGCAGUGGACUGCACCAAAGGACAAAACCAUGAGUUGUGUAAACAGGAGGGUGUUGAAGGCUACCCAACAUUCAACUAUUACAACUACGGCAAGUUCAGUGAGAAAUACAGUGGAGAGAGAGGGGAGGCUGGCUUUACAGGUUUUAUGCGCAACCUCCGGGGGCGGGACCAGGAGAAGGUGGGCAAGCGGAAGGAGGAGCUCUAAAUGGGUGUGGUCAUAGGAGAGGGAGGGGCCUGUCAUUGCACUGUGACCUGGGCAGGAGCCUCCCAGCACUGAUGCCACAGACUUGAAAACCUCAAUUGAAAAAAAAAAAAAAAAAGCUAUUUUUAUACAGCUGUGCCCUAGCAUUUGUAAUACCAAUGUGCAACCAUCAGACCACUUGAGACUUGGAUUUCUUUCUUUUUUUUUUUUUCCAUGGACGUUUUGUGUAAAACAAAAGGCUCCCAAAUACUGUGACUUCUGUUACUGAAAGCUACACCUUAAAUCUAUGCAAUAGCGGAUCCUAUCCCCCAGGACCUAUGUGAUGGAUGACCAUUGUGUGUAUAGAGGAGAUCAGGCUUGCUCUGCACAUGGCACCCAAAGCUAUUACUAUCAUAUAACUGGUUUUCUCUCAGUUGUAAAUCAGCGACAAGGAGCAUGAACAUGUCUAUGUACAAUCAAAUCACAUCUUCAAAUAUUUUUGGGGAAAAAAAAAAACAUUAAGUCAUUAAAUUGUUUGAUUUUCUUUUGGAGAUCAGUAUUGAAGAGGGAAAUUUUGUUCAUAUCUGUGGCCUUAAACAAAUAGAUGACAGUGAGGAAUAAUAUACCUUGGAUUGUGUUAUCAAUGUUAGGCCUAAAAUGGAUCAGAGCAAGAUGAGUAUUUAGUGUUGAUACAGUUUCCCGUAACUAACCUCGUUUUUCACCAACAGUUUGGGGAGAGUAUACAUACUACAGGCGCCUAAAGAUGCCAAAAAGAAUAGUUUAUGUGUCAUGUAAAACUGAUAUCAAGUCCUGUAUUUCAGCAAAGGGUCAUACGUGUUCAUCAGCUAAAACGAAUACCAGUCCCGUUUUUCAUACUUAUCUCAUAAUCAAAGUGUAAGUGAUUUGAAUCUGGCGCUUGUCUGGCAUACACAGUCUAUGAGACCAAACUGUGCCUCUCACAGAUUGUUGCUCUUAUAUUCACCAAAUUGCUUGCCAGAUCAUGCCAUAGGACGCUAGCGUGAUCUGGAUUUUCAGUUUUCGGGACUACUUGAGGACCAUAGAUGAUAUGUACUUUUUUUUUGUUGUUGUUCUGUCUAGUCUUGUCAUUAUCAGACUGAUUUAAAAUCCACUUUUGUGACAUUGAAACUGAUGGUUAUUAAAACGGAGUAGCUUUAAUCCAGAGUUCCAUUCACAUUUCCCUCUAGAAUUUGUCCUCAUCUACUCCCACCUGUGAGCAACAAUAAAAAAAAUAGAUAAGCGAUGUCAGGUUAGUUAGGGUUACCCAUCAUCUAGUUUUAAUCCCUUUAGUCACAUUUUACACCGUUAUUCAAAAACCAAGAGUUGGCAAAGUUACACUAGGGAGUUAGAACUGCAGUAUCUUCCAGGAUGUUUCACAUCAA